AUGCCUAGCGACUACGCCCUGAAACGCACCCACGGCCAGGGGACGGUGAUAAUCCAUGCCGCUGACCUGUAUUUCCUGGAUCAAUGGAAAAACGACCGUGCCAUCUCGGACGAUGCACAGCGCUCGGCGAUCUUUAGCAAGUGGCUAGAGCUUGGGUCGCGUGGCCGCAUGCCGUAUGUGGAGCGACUAAAGGAGAUGUGUCUCAACAAAUAUGAUAUUACAGAGGACGAGAAGAAUCUCCUCGCUCGGAUCCGCAGUGCCUCAGACCGCCAGGGAGUCAGCUAUACACGUCUCGUACGCACUUUCUACGGCGAAGGCUCGGAAGGAAACCUGGCCAAGCUGAUCUUCGAGGCUGAAUACGACGGAACAGUCUUCGACGAUGCCGCGCUUUACGACGCGGGAUCAAACGACGGCUUACAGUCGCUGCAUAAUAUCCUGACUCAUAUCCCGCAAAUCGUCGAGCAGACACCAGAGUUUGCCGCUUGGUACAACGAGAGGAAGCGGAAAGCGCGAGACGAGGCUAUUGAGGUCGGCGUGGACAAGCUUGACUAUGCUUUGUCGAUCUUUCACCUGGCGGCCAAAUGGAGCCAUGUGCUCAUCUACGACAAGGAGGCAAACGACGGCCCGGGGAACGUGCUGCUCGUGUAUAUCGACGACCGUGGCUGUGUUCUACGUUACUCCUGGUUGGACGGAGCUGAGGACUUGCAGGACGCUGAUGGGAUGCUAUGCUCGGGCCAGGAUUUCAUGCAUGCUUGGUGGGAGGGCGGCCGCUACGGCGAGGACUGGGAGCCCCACCAACUUUCUAAGCGAUGGGACGAGGUUGAUCAUGAAAACACCUGA